CUUACUCCCUCUUCAUCUCCUCCAAUUUUCCUUUUAACUUCUGUCUGGUAAUAACACCAGAAAAAACAUGUAUUCUACCCAUAUCACCUCCUUCAUCUCCACCCCUUUUCUCACAUCAAAAAACUCGCGCACACACACUAAACUUCUUCAUCAUAAGCUAUGUUCCUCAACUCCAAAGAUGUCACUUAACCAAAAUCCGAACACCAACCUCAUAACCACCAUUACUAAGCUUCUAUGGGGUCAAUCCCUACCACCCCAGCUCCUCAUCUCCACCGUCCGUUCCACAUGGUCUACCACGUGGCACCUCAUGAUGUCUCAGCUCGCUCCUUCCGACCCCACCGGCUCCUACACCCGACCCACUUCUCAAUUUCGUAUAACUUCUAACCCCAAAUUCUCCAAAAAUGUCCACCUUUAUGUGGGUCUGCCUUGUCCUUGGGCCCACAGAACUCUAAUUGUUCGAGCUCUUAAGGGUCUAGAAGAUUCUAUUCCGGUCUCCAUUGCUUCUCCAGGUAUUGACGGGUCAUGGGAAUUCCGGGUUCAUACUGACCCGAAUAAGGAUAAGCUUGUUCCGUGUUUGGAUAAAGCCAAUGGGUGUAAAACUUUGAGAGAGGUGUAUAAGCUGACACGUGGAGGUUAUAAUGGUCGAUCCACUGUACCAAUGUUGUGGGACGUGGAGAAAAAAGAGGUUUUUUGUAAUGAAAGUUAUGAUAUUAUUGAAUUUUUCAAUUCGGGUUUGAAUGGAAUUGCAGGGAAUCCUGAAUUGGAUCUCUCACCACCUGCAUUGAAAGAUGAGAUUCGAAAAUGGAAUGAGAUUAUCUAUCCCAACGUUAACAAUGGUGUGUACAGGUGUGGAUUUGCACAAAGUCAAGAAGCGUAUGAUAAGGCAGCAGAAGGGUUGUUUAGAACAUUGGAAAUGUUGGAGGAUCAUUUGAGGAGAUCAAGGUAUUUAUGUGGGGAUGUUUUGACACUUGCAGAUGUAUGCUUGUUCACUACUUUGAUUCGGUUUGAUGUCGUCUACAAUGUGCUCUUUAAAUGCACCAAAAAGAAGCUCGUUGAAUUUCCUAACCUCCAUGGAUAUCUCAGAGACAUUUAUCAGAUACCAAAGGUUGCAGAAACUUGCAAUAUGGGGCAAAUAAUGGAAGGUUACUACAAUAUUCUGUUCCCACUGAAUCCAGGGGGUAUUAAGCCCCUCAUGCCUAGUGGUACUGAGGAUGAAGUACUCACCAAGCCGCAUAAUAGAAGCUCCCUGCAAUUGGAGGCAAAAGUUGUGCAGCACUCUGUUUCUUGAAUUCAUGUUUUCAGAUGGUGUGCUUACUUGACUACCUUCAUUAAAGAGUUAUAGAUAGAGACAAGACGCGGUGAGAUUACACCUAUUAAACGUAGUGUAUAUAUGUAUUUAUUAUGUUGUACAACCGUAUGUACAGAGUUCCUAUGUACUUGUUCUCGACAUAGGAGGAAAAAAAUGUAAAUACAUUAUUCUGAAAUACAUUUUUUUUAUCGAAUUUGAGGAAGUUUAGCCUUUCUACA